AGAGAUUUCGGAAGCAAGGCCAGCAGAUCACCCGUCGAGAUGUACGAUCGCCGUCGAUUCUUCCCGAGAACAUAUCGACUCAAUUACGAAAUCGGGAACUCCUUGUAUUCGAAGCAGAUCGCCGACCUCAAUGCUCGAGCAGGGUCUAUUUCAACGAGUCUGAUCUAUCCGCACUGGAGUGUGCGAGACGAUCUGUACGUACAUGAGAGCAUUUACGGGAAACGGAGUCGAGAUCUCAUCCGGAACGACUGGAGACAUACGGCCCAUUUUCAUGACCGACUCGUUUCGACUGCCUUGCCGAAGGAAGACUUCUCGAAGUAUUGGAGGACCGACGGUACCUACUGGCGUCGGCUUUGGCCAUCAACGGACUCUUUCGGACGGACACAUGCUGGCGAAACCGUCCGUUGGGUAGAGCAGUCGCGGACACGUGAGAAGCACGUCGAAUGGGAACGACAGCGGGAGCGAGAGCGCCGCCAAAAACUGGAAGAAAUUUACACGCCGCAAAGAUCGGAAAUCCUUUAUCAGAGACCGAGGAGACACUUGAGUGUGAAAUGGUGA